GGUGGUGCUAACCGAGAAGGUGAUUCUAUUCUUGUCCUCAUCGCUUUGCUGCGGCAAGGCGAAGCCCUUAAAGGCCCCGAAGAAGCAGAACAAGGACCUCGACGAUGACGACCUGGCAUAUCUCGAGAAGAAGAAGGCUGACGAGAAGGCGCGCAAGGACCUCGUUGCCAAGGCCGGCGGCAGAGGCCCUCUGAACACUGGCACCCAGGGCAUCAAGAAGAGCGGUAAGAAAUAGAUGACAGACGACGAAGCAAUAUGCUAUUGGGAACCGUUUACACGAGCCUGCUGCGAAGUUUGCGAUAAUAUGGGGAGCUACAAGAGGAUGUCCUGUGGUAGAUGACUCUUCACACGGCAGCGACUGUUGGAUCAAGUGGAAAGGCCACGUCCGCACUGAGGGUUAAGAUCUGUAGUUUCCGCAGGGAAUGUUAUCCGGCGUUUGGAAUAUACUUUUAUAUACUGAUUUGACAUCUAUGGAGGUUUGCGCCGUCCGUGUCUACGCUGGCGAUGCGCCGUGCUUCGCUCAAAGG